AUGGUCAUAUUGGAUAUCGAGACCAGUUCAGAGGACGAAAAGCCACUAAUUACCCAAGAGAGACCAUGCAAACGUGUAAAGAUACUUGGUGGUAAAUCUUGUUCAGCUUCUACUUCCAAUAAAAAGACAAGUAUUACAUUGAUAUCGGAUAUCGAGACCAGUUCAGAGGAUGAAAAGCCACCAAUUACCCAAGAGAGACCAUGCAAACGUGUAAGGACACGUGGUGGUAGAAAGACAACAAGUAUUGAAGAAGAAUUAACAGACAUCAUUGGAACCACUUCAGAACAUGAAAAUCUCUCAAAAAGAUCUGAAAAUGAAAACUUACCAAUAUCAGAUGAACAACUACUACAAAUUCUUGAAGACCCUUAUGAGAAUUAUGACGACGAUAUUUUUGAUGCUGAUUUCAUUGAGAAUACGAAUAAUAAUAUAAUAAUAUAA